AUGUUUGGAAAAUCGUGUUCAUUAAAAAAAACGCUGCCAUGCGCGUGUGUUACUUGUGAGAAACGAUGUUGGGAAUCGAAAAGCUGGCUUUGUCGUGUGAUUGAAUGUUUUUGCGAGGAACGUGUAGAAGUUUGCGUGGAACGUGUAUCGGAUGAAUCAAAUGAGUUUUAUGUGGAUUACGUGUGUGCAGACCGAUCUUGUGGGUUUAAAAUAAACGCAUUUGAUGAAAAUUUUUUAAUUUACACACGAGUUGUACAGAAUGUAAAAGAUUAUAUGUUUUUUCACGAACGUAAUAUGUGUACGUGUAAACGACUUGUUCGUGCUGUAGUAGAACGGGUAACG